ACGAGCUUAUACAUUUUUUUAUGGAUCAUAAAAAUUCUUUAUUCUGCUAGCAGGGUAGUGAUUGAAAUAAAGAAACUAAUCAUGGUAGUAUAUUCAUUUUUAUCACAUCAAUUAUUCCAAAAAGUGAAACAGGAAGCAGGUUCCAAAUCUUCCUUAAUCUUUUUAAGAAGAGGGGAGAAGUUUAUGUAAAAUAAAUCUUUGAGCUUUGGAGAUACAUUCACCCCAAGAUAUUUGAAUCCAAUCUGAGCCCGAGUAAAGGGUUCACGUUUCUCCUAGGAAGCAGAUGCUGUCGUGUGAUAAAGGAGAGCUAACUAGUGGGUGGAAAUUGGCAAAUUCCAAAAAUAAUUGAGAGAAAGUGGAUCGAAAAAUGGCACUUAAUGUCACUGUGCAGAACUCUUACAUAAGUACAGAGAUAAUAUUCUUUGUCAAUACAGUCCCAAAUCCAGGAGAUAGUUUUCAUAUGAAAUUGACUUAGGCAAGCCCAGUACCCAAAUUUUGCUUGGGCUAACACGUCCAGAUGCACUUAUGAAGGCCUGCAUAAGUAGCUGAAUAGUGGAGGGAAAAAAAAGCACACUAAUUAGUCACAGGUGAUUUUAGAUUGCUAUGUCACUGAUUUCCUUGGGAAACUAAUUAAGGGCUACAUGAUAUACAUAUAUAUAUAUAUAUAUGGGCUCACAGGGGCUUUUGAGCUCUUGCGGAAUGUUUUAGUUUGUGGUGGUGUAGGUAAACGUGUAAGAAGAGUAGAAAUGGUGUGGCAAAAAAGGGAAACAUGGUUUAUGUUUAUAGCAGUAUUGACAUUGAUCCCCUCAGCAUUUUGUCUUGUAGUUCCUAAGGGUAAAUUGGUUCAGGCUGGUACACUUAUCAUUGGCUCCAGCAGAAUUACAAAUGAAACCAAGGAUGGCACCGUUAAGAAAGUGCAUGACGAAUAUGUUGGAGAUACCAACGGAUACCAAUCUGAUCAGCCAGAGUUAACAGGGUCCCAACUGUCAACCUUAAUGCUCAGGCGCUGGAGUCCGUCAGUGCAGUGUGAUGAUGAUUCAAUGUCCUUGCAUAUCCAGGGAAGUCGAGUACCCAACUUCUUGGUUGAGACAAGUGAGUGUGCUCUUGCUGAAAUUUUCCUGCAUCAAAGGUUUGGUUUUUAAGACCACACCAAUUCCACUACAGUACAGUUGAAAGCAGUACUUUAUAGAACCGUCUGUGGUCUAAAGCAAGUGUGAUGCUUUAUCUCUGGAGGGUAAAGGCUUGUGCUCAAUUUUUUUUCACUGGCCUUAUUUAUCUUGCUGCAUGUAAUUGUAAUUAAGGGCUAUACAAGUGUCCUAUUCCUUGUGACUGUCUGGGAUCUUGCAAGUAUUGACUAACUUGCUACAAACAAGUGAGAUCUAUUUUCAAAGUGGCGGUCAAGCUCGCAUGUUGACCAGCCUUGCUUUCAAAAUGGAACUACUCUCCCUUCAGUUUGAACUGAUUAAAAUGCAAAACAAUUGUUCUCUGGCACAGAAUAAAACUUUGCUUUCCUUAGGUGAAGAGGGCCUAGUACCAUUAUCACAAAUGCCGUCCCACUGCGGCUUUUCGUUGAGGAGGGCCCACGGAGACGUUGCACUCAUUGCCAAGUACGCUGGCUGUAACGUUGCACAGCAGGUAACCUGCAGUUGACUGGCCCAUCGUAGAGAUGCUAAUUGCAUGUAUAUUCUUAUCCUCAAAAAAAUGUUCCUGUUACUGAUUAGUCUAAAUACCUUUUUUUUGUUUGUUUUUAAAGAAAAGGGAUACAUUUGCAUUUUAUGUUGGGGGGUCUUUUUUUUUUUUUUUUUUUUUUUUUUUUUUUUCCCCAAAUGUGUUCUUGAUGAGCAAGUCAGAUUGGUAAUUGCAGGGGAAUAGCUACAUCCUGCCGUUACGGGUUUCGGGAGUUGCUGUGAAGAUGGUCUGUCCUGUGGCUUGUCCUCUCACUGUCUCCUGUAGCCCUUCAGCUAUGGUUGUCAAUCUUGGUGUGUCUACAGCUGCUCUCAGGCUGAAGGGUGAGAUUAGUUUCUGUGUUCGGAUUGGAUUUAUUUUCAGUGAGUGACUUGCUGUACAAUGUUUGAUGAUGGAAUGCUACUGGAUAAUCUGGCACUGAGAAAGCAUUUGAUUUUAGUGAAUGGUGUGUGGCAACCUGUGUACCAAGCUUCUACCUGUGGAUUUACCUUGGAAGUUGUGGGAGGUGGACUGACCCUCACUGCACCAUAUGCAAGCAACUGCUGGCAGUUUGAGGUAAUUCUGUAUUUAUCAGCUUGUAUGCUGAGAUCAUAACUACUUGACUGUUAAUCCUGCAACUUCCUUUGUCAGGGUGCCAAGAUGCUUUUGUCUGUGCAAUACAUGGAUAGGGAGUUGACCUUGUCCUGCCCAGCUGUUCAGCCCCCAGCUACUACUCCUUUACCUGCUCACAUGUAUGUCCCACAUGUUCAUAUGGGUUACCCUUUUCCUUAUGGUUCUUGUAUAACAUGGCAUUUCCAUUCUAGGGAUCCUGGAGCUUCCACAGAUGCCCCCAUGACUACCUUGGCUACUACGGUUGCACCAGCUAGUGCUGGUCAGCUGCCUUUGUAUCCUUGGUUACGUGGACUGUAUUAUCCUAGUGGUUAUGGAAUGCCAUGGAAUUUCCCAUAUGGCCAUCCUGGAGCUCCCCCAGUUACCCAGACCACUACAACUACUCCGGCUACUACAUCUACUCCAGCUGCUGCUACUACAUCUACUCCAGCUGCCACAGUUGCACCAGCUAGUGCUGGUCAGCUGCCUUUGUAUCCUUGGUUAUCUGGAAUGUAUUAUCCUAGUGGUUAUGGAAUGCCAUGGAAUUUCCCAUAUGGCCAUCCUGGAGCUCCCCCAGUUACCCAGACCACUACAACUACUCCGGCUACUACAUCUACUCCAGCUGCUGCUACUACAUCUACUCCAGCUGCCACAGUUGCACCAGCUAGUGCUGGUCAGCUGCCUUUGUAUCCUUGGUUAUCUGGAAUGUAUUAUCCUAGUGGUUAUGGAAUGCCAUGGAAUUUCCCAUAUGGCCAUCCUGGAACUCCCCCAGUUACCCAGACCACUACAGCUACUACAACUACCACAGUUGCACCAGCCAGUGCUGAUCAGCCACUUUUGUAUCCUUGGUUACCUGGAAUGUAUAAACCUUAUGUCCCUAUGGGUUCACCUGGUGCUCCAGUAUCUGGCCCCAACAGUGGGGUUAAACAGCAGAUGUACCAAAUGCCCUGGAUGAAUGCUUUUCCCCCAAGUACCUGGCUUGAAAUCAAACGCCAGGCUCUCCAGUGGUUAACCCAUCCAAAUUUGUCAGGUCCGGCUAAUUUUUCUCCACUACAGGUUGGAGCACGUCCAGGAAAAUGA